AUGCCGCGCCGCGGGUCACAGUCUGAGGAUGUCGUUAACGAACAAUCACCACUUAUAAGCCCUCGUCCCGUACCCUCCUCUAUCGAAGGGGUGGCCUUGGCAGGUCCAAUCUCACCCAUAUCGCCUAUAUCGCCAAUAUCACAGCUAUCUGAUCCACUCUCCGAACAUGCGCUCGCCGUCGAUGAGCCCGCGGUGGAGAGCAAGAGCAUUCCUUACUUGAUCCUGCUCACCCUUGCCAUAGGCGGUUUGCAGAUCGUAUGGUCUGUUGAGCUCUCCAAUGGCACCCCGUUCUUGCUCUCACUAGGCAUGAGCAAGGCUCUAAUCGCCAUAGUAUGGGUAGCGGGACCAGUCACCGGUGUCCUUGUACAGCCGUACAUUGGCUUGAAAAGCGACCAAUGUCGAAUUUCGUGGGGUCGAAGGAAACCGUUUAUGAUUGGCGGGACUCUUGGGACAAUAGCGACGUCUCUCUUGCUGGCGUACUCGAAAAGUAUCAUGAGCGUUUUUGGCGGUCUGGGCGAAGACGCCAAGUAUGAGGGCAGCUGGAGAAUUAUGACCAUCAUUUUCGCGACCGUUAUGAUGUGGUGUCUGGACUUUUCGAUCAACGUUGUUCAGGCAGCAAUUCGAGCAUUUAUCUGCGAUGGUGCUCCAGCACAUCAGCAGGAAGCAGCAAAUGCAUGGGCGUCGCGCAUAGUGGGUGUCGGCAAUGUAUUUGGAUACCUGUUCGGCUACUUGGACUUACCGCAGUACUUUUCCUUCUUUGGCAACAGCCAGUUCAAAGUCUUGGUUACGAUAGCAUCGAUGUCACUGGCUACGACCGUUGGUAUUAGCGUCUUGUUUAUCAAGGAGCGCAAUCCCUUGCUCGACUCUCCGAAUAAAGGGCCUUCAAAUCAAGGCUUCUUUGCAUUCUUCAAACAGGUCUUUAAGGCUGUCCAACGGCUUCCGCCUCAGAUUCGUAAAGUCUGCGAGAUCCAGUUUGUACAGUGGAUCGGUUGGUUUCCUUUCCUGUUCUACAUUACCACAUACAUCGGUCAGCUCUACGUCAAUCCGGAUUUGCAUCCAGGACUGUCUGACGACGAGGUCGACAAAUUAUGGGAGAAAGCCACUCGCAUUGGCACUCUUGCGCUGCUCGCCUACGCCAUUACCUCCUUUUCUGCGAACAUCAUCUUGCCAUUUUUGGUAGUCCCGAGUUACAAGAGGCCCGACGAGGGAGGUGAGGACAUUGCACCCACUUCGCCCAUCGGAAUAAGCCGUACGUCAUCUCAUGUUGGCUUGACUCGUGGCAGAUCCAACAGCUUGAUUCGAGCAACAAUGCACGGCGACACGCCAAAGCCAUCCUUCAUCAAGCGUGCUCUGAAAAUUCUCCAAAUACCGGGACUCACGCUACGGCGAGCAUGGCUCGGAUCACAGCUCCUCUUCGCCCUAUGCAUGUUCAGUACUUUCUUCAUCUCAUCCUAUCAGGCAGCCGCCGUUAUGACCGCCAUCAUGGGCAUAACCUGGUCACUCACUCUGUGGGCGCCUUUCGCUCUUAUCUCCGCCGAGAUCUCCGUUCGCGACGAAGCGCGUCGUCGGAAAGAGCGACAGAAGAAAGUGCUUCCCACCGAAGAAUGGCAUCAUCACGUCGAUAGCAACGGACAGGAUGGUAGCGAUCAGGCCGGGAUAGUGCUCGGCAUACACAAUGUUGCGGUUAGUGCACCGCAAAUCCUGUCUACCUUGAUAUGUAGUGCCGUAUUCAAAGCACUGCAGAAGCCACGAGACGAGCCUGGUGAUGCUAGCGUGGGUUGGACACUGCGUAUUGGAGGAGUUGCUGCCCUGGGUGCGGCAUUUAUCACAUGGAGAAUGCAGGAACCUGGUCAGCAAGAAGAUGAUAACGGUAGAUACGCACAAGUGAGUGCGGGCGAUCAGUAG